AUGCUAAAAGACCGAGCUCAGUCGUUAGAGUCAGCGCUGCUCCAUAAGGAAUCUCAACUGAACUUGGCAACAGAAGCUCUCAACAAUGAGAGAGCGAAAAAUCAGAUCACCUGUGCAGAACUUCAAAUAUUGAGGAACUGGGUCACAGAAUUAGGAGGUGAAAAUGCUGUGAUUAAGGAAGAUUUGAAGAAUACAUGUCUGGAUAUUACUUUGCUCAGGAAAGAGUUAGGAGACGAACAAGAGAAGACCCAGGUUUUAAAGAAUGAAGUCCAGGUACUGAAGAAAUGGGUCUCGGAAUUAGGAGGCCAAAAUACCAAUCUUAAAGAAGACUUGGAAGAAGCCCUCCUGGAAGUGACCACACUCAAGAACUCGCUGUUAGAUGAGAAAAGGGAUGCUCUCCAUCACAGGAAGGAGAUGGAGAACUUACUGGAGGAGGAAAAGACAAGACAAGAAAAACUGGAAGUUGCCCUCAAUCACGGAAAGGAACUGGAGAGAGAAAGGAGUGAAAUGAGUACUGCUUUUCCAGGAGAGGCUAAAAGAAAGGACAAUGAGAGAGAGAAGCUAAGGGAACAGAUGGAACAGCUGCAGCACAACUUGGAAAGGGCCAUGCAAGAACAGCAUAACUUGGAGAGCUCUUUAAAACAUGCAGAAGCAGAGCUCUCAUCUUUGAAGAGGGCAGAAAGCAUAAACCUCCGUGAACUGGAAGAACUUGGGAAAGAAUGUGAAAGUUUGAGAGAAAAGUGUAGGAUGCAGGAGGAGAAUAAAAUUAAGAACGACAACGUGUCAGGGGACCAUCUAAGGACACAGGAAGAAGAACUGAGGAAUCAAGAUAAGUACAUGCUAAUGGCACUCCUCCAUGGGACUGCACAAAGGAACUUUCAUUUGGAACACAUUGAACUGGAACGAAGAAACAACAGCGAAGACAUGGCUCCAGAAAACUGUGCUGAAACAAGAGAUGGAAGAAAAGACCAUGUCAAUGGUGAGGACCUACAUGAACAAGUGAGGAGAGUAGAAGAGGAACAGUACAUGAAGUACUCCAAUGCCCAACGAGAAAAGAAGGACUAUGGAAAACAGUGGGAGGUCCUAUCGCAGAUGGUGGAGGAUCUUCUUCAGGGAGACAAACAAAAAAAUUGCUAA